AUAAAAUGCUUUGAACUCCUACUUUCAUUUUCACAAUCGCCUGGAAAACCAGCUUUUGAGGGUCGUUUGGAAAAGGAGUCUGUAUAAACUGCAGUAGUGGAAGAGCCUUUGGAAAAGGUCUGGAAGUUGGUGUUUGGAAAAUGGGAAUUGAAAACAGUACCCCCUUACCAGAGGAGCGUAAACCCGAGGUCCUUAAUGUCCCAUGGAGGAAUGUUACAUGGAGCAAAAGCACACGAACUGAUCUCAAGCAAUACCUGCAUGAUUACAAGCCCACUAUUGAUUCAGUGCCUCAGGCUCGGAUUCUUCUAAUUGGUCAGAUUCAAGCUGGAAAAUCGAGCUUCUUCAACUCCAUCAACUCUAUCUUCCGUGGUAACAUGACAAGCCAAGCUAAAGUAGGAUACAAGGACACCAGCCUGACUUUGACGUAUCACACUUACCAGGUGAAGGCGGGCCGAGGUGGACAGCCUCUGGCAUUCCGACUGUGUGACACCAUGGGACUGGAAGCAAGGGAGGGUGGAGGGGUGAAAAUUGAAGAUAUUGUGAGCAUCCUGAAGGGCUACGUACCAGACAAGUACCAGUUCAACCCUGUAACGCCAAUGAAAGCUGAUGACUGUCAGGCGUGCAGCACAAUGGCUCUUAAAGACAGGAUCCACUGUGUGGUGUGUGUGAUUGAUGCCAACACAGUUGCAAUUCUGAACCAAGGAAUGAAGAAUAAAAUUGAUGAAAUCAGAAAGAGAACUGACUUGGCAGAUGUCCCUCUAAUGGUGCUACUGACCCAUGUGGACGAAGCAUGCCCACAUGUGGAAAAGGAUUUGAAGAAUGUGUACCACAGCUGUUACAUAAAGAGUUUGAUUGAAAGAACAAGUAGGUGUCUGGGCAUUCCAAUGUUAAAUGUGCUUCCUGUGAAGAAUUACUGCCAUGAGAUUGAGCUGAAUGACAACUGUGACAUCCUGCUCCUCAGCGCCAUGAAGCAGAUGCUCAACUUUGCUGACAAUUACUUUGACGACUGUGAGGAAAACACAGAGUAGAUGAGUUUAUCAUAUUUGGGGGCAAUGUCAUUGCCUCACUCUGUCCAUGUUCCUGUGUUCUACACCACACAUUAGGUCCUUCCUUCCAGUAUACUGUACCUGCAUUAGCCUAUUUCUUUACCUUUCCGCACACACAAGUCUUUUCAUAACCUGGACUUAUAACUGUAUUUUCACUUGGCUUUGAAAGAUGCUUGCAUAAAUCCAGAUAUAUAAUAUAUAAUCAAAUACACCCUGUAUCCUUACACUGGAUUAGAAGUAAAAAUGACCUGACGAUUCCAGGAUGGGCCAGUGUCUGUCUCAGUCUUAACCCUGGUUUGAUUCAGUGUUCUAUUUUUAGAUUUCAAGUUUGCUUCAAUGUCUCUGUCAGUUUGAUUACAGUUUUUCACAGUUGCUAAAACAUUAAAACCUGUUUUCUGAACCAAA